AAUCAAACAUAGAUUCACAAUAAAAUUAAACAAUUUUUACGUAGUGUCGACACAAAAAUCACAUUUGAUUUUCUCACUGUGAAGCUUUGUAACGAAUGAUAGAGUGUUAUCAACAAUUUUGUCUAAUACAAAGAUUUUUCGGUGCAAUAUUGUCGCUUUUUUUAUUUGAUUUAAUUUUCCGUUGGAUUUUUCGAUCUGAUUUUAUUCUGGUUUCACAAAAUUGAUGUUUGCAAUCUGAACGGUGUGUUCACAAUAAACGGCGGCACACAUCAAACCAACGAUAACAACAACAAGAUACCAAUAUCAAUCCCGAUCGUUAUAUUUCCAAUGAAUAAUAAAUGCAGUAAUCGUUACAUUGACAACGAUAUAUUGUCCAUCGGUGCAUGUAAUAUAUAUUUUUUUCCACAUACGACAUAUUUGUUAUAAAAUAAAAUGCUGAAAGAAAACAGCACAAAAUUUAGUCUUUGCUUUCGUGCUAAAACUCAUUUAUGCAACUAGAUAUAAAAAAAGAACUCCGUACAAUUCCAAGUGACGAAGAAAUAAAAAAAAGGAGAGAACUUAAGAAAGAAAAAUGAACACAAACUAAACACAAUAAACACUGUGCCAGUGACUAGAUAUUUCACAGGAAGGAAUGUUAGCAAAAACAAAUAUACACAUAUAUGUACGUAUAACAAGUAAAAAGUGACCGUGUGACAAAUGUUUUUAGAGAAUAUAAAAAAUAUCUUCAUCGUCUUUAUAUUUCUCGUACUAUUUUUAUGUUGUUCACAAGCAAAGUGUUAAGAUUUUCGCGUUUAUAACGGGUUUUAAAAAUAGCUGCUUCACUCACGAACGGCAAAAGAUAACACAGUAAAAAAAUACAUGUCGAAUAUAAACAAAUUGUUGUAGCGUAUAUAUUCGGUUGAUUGUACAGCAACGGUGAUAUAUUUUUUUGUGUCCGCGUUUGAUAAAAAAAAGAGAAAAUAAACGUAAAAAAAAACAGCAAACCGAAAAGAGAAAGUUCUUUAUAUCAAAAUUUCCCAGUGAUUUUUCAUACUAGAUAAACACAGAAGUUUGCGGUGAAAAGCAGCGAGAGUACAAGAAGAAGAAGAAAGCAAAAAAUCGUUCUUUACGUACACACAAUAAAGUAAACCAAUUAUUUUUUUGCUCUCUCUCACUCUCUCUCCGUCGUUCGAAAGAGUGGAAGAAUUGAACUGUGGGAAAAAUAGAUAAAAUCGUUUUGUGGACAUCAUCUUCCUCAACUACACGCAAAUAUUCAUUGGAUGAUUUUUCCGGUUUUUUUUUAUUCGUCGUACAUUCAGUUUGAUUAUAUCACUGCAGUUCGAGGGAAGAAAUUGUCAGCAUUUGGAGUGUUUGCAACUAAAACGAACAUACAUUGAUUCGUUACGCUUAAAAGUUUAGAAGAAAUACAUACACUAACUUGAGUGAUUCAAAACUUUAAUGAAAAUAAUAAAAAAACGUUAGUUUCUAGACGAUAAACUUUGUUGUGAAUACGUUCUGUGAACAAAAAAAAAACACGAAAGACAGAAAUAAAGAAAGACAAGUCAGAAAAAUGUGUGAGACAAAAAUGUCUGAAUGUUGUGGAAGCGCUCUUUAGAGUAUUUUAAAUGUAUUUUAAUUAUGUGCCUAGGUGAAAUAUAUCUCUGUAACCCCACAAAAUAUUAAAUGGAAGAAGAAAAAAAACCAUUGUAAGAACAUAAGUUACCUGCAAUUGUUGGUGCAUUCGCAACAGUUUUCAUUUUAAAAGUGUUAUUGCAGUAAAACGAACGAGAUUCGUUUGUAUGACUCUCAUUCCAUUAUGGCCAUACAUAUGAUGUACGGUUAAUAGUCAUUGUUUUUGAAAAGCUUAUUGUUGGCAACGUACCGAUCUUCGCACCGAAUAAAAAACAUACACACACACACAAACACAACGAUUAAGAGUAGAACGUUUUGGCGAACAAAGUAAAGCAUAACCAAAAAGGACAACAAUGCCGAAGGCAAUCCGAAUAAUCAUUGUAAAAGCAUAAAAUACGUUCAGCCUGCUGCUAUUGCUGAAUUAAAUAGAAGCCUGAAUCUGGAUAGUUGUACACAAGCAUCACACCAUAAUAUGUUGUAGAAUUUCAAAAGCCAAAGCGAACAGAGCAAACAAUUCCCAUUUGCAAUGGCAAAAGGAAUGUAACGCAUGUGUAAAUGACUCUCCGCGUAUGUGUAUGUAUAUAUAGAUAUAUAUUUCAGUAGAAGAGUGUCAAUGGCAUCGCAUCCAAAUGUGAAAUAGCAAAUAAUAACAAUAACAAUAACGUGCUAUUAUAACGGAGCAUAAUAACAGUAACAAUACAUCUAUAUUUUCUAUUUGUGUGUCACACAAUUCACGUGCUUUGCGAAAUCUGGAUUCACGGUUUCUCCGCGCUCGCGUUUAGUGUGCACGGAACGCUAAAAAAAUACGUAUUUUUUUUAUUAUACAUCCGAAUGAAAUGAGCCAGUAGCUCAUACAGACAAACAAAAAGCCGUGAAAUAAAAAUCCAAGUGUGACAAGCGAGACAGCGAUAGAAAGCGCGCGUGUUCAACUAAGAUACGGAUCUUGAAUCAACUAAAUCUUCAAAUAUUCUUUUUUUUUUCAUUUGUUUGCUACAAAAAAAAGGGAACGAAGAAGAUUUCACGAUUCAAAUAUGCAUGCGUGCCAUUACAGCCGCCACCACAUCUAAUAAUACGAUAUAAAAGUAGCAAAAAUAAUAAGAGAAAAUUAUAAUUCAAAACUGAAGCAUCAUUGUACGUGGCAAGGCACGCCCGGGGAAGCAUUUCUUAGCCGCUCUCUUUUCGAUCCGUGUGUAUUACAGUAAAUGAAUGAAACUACUUGGUAUGCCAACAGUAAACGAAAACAUUGCGUAUGUCGUACUUAACAUGGGAUAAUAGAGAAAAAAGAGAGAAAAUUUUGUAGAAAAAGAAGUCAAGCAAAAGCUAUAGCACAAUAACAAACUUACAAAACAUGUAUUUAUACAUGUAAACAUUUAUAGUUUUGCACAAAAUGCAGUAUCAACAUGAGAAUAAAAGCAUCGGCGUAAGAAAGUUUUUCGAAAUCUGAACGUUCAACUUAAGUCAAAAAGCAGCACUUAUACACAUACAUACACACACAUCUAAUAGCAAGUAGAUUUAAAUUUGACUCUGUGUGUUCAGGUAUCGUGCAGCCGCCCAUGUUAACACAUCGAAUAUAUAUACCCAUGAAAAAAGUGCUAAGAAAAUGAUAAUUUACCGCCGCAGUUAAAUGAGCAGGCAUUACUAUAACAUGCAGAUUAUUCGUAAUGAUUGCAGUAUAUUAGAUUUGAUGUGAAUUUCGUUCGUUGUUUUUAUCCCACUGUUUUUUAUUUUUAUUCUUUUCAUUCAUUUUAUUUUGCGCCACUGUCAUUAUCGAAGCCAAAGCAGCAUCUCCAGCAAAUUGCUUAUUAAAAGCUCAUUUUUCUUUGUUAUGUUGUAAAUUUUUUUUAUCAUAUUUACGGUUUUAUGAAUUCAGAAUAUGACACUUUUGUGUGUGGUGCUUGUGCGCGCCCAUUUUAUCUAAUCUUGCGGAUAUGUGUGAACAUUAUAUAUAAUAUACAUUUAUAUUGAGCUAGAAAGCGAACUAAAGCCAGAGGUAUUAAACCUGUUUCCGUGCGUACCGAGAUAUCAGUAAGAAAAAAAAAGAAGCGAGAACAACAACCAUAACCCACAUAUUAAGCUAAUAAUAGUAUAUUAAAUAACACAACAAUAAUGAUAAAAUGUUCAAAAUAAUUUGUUGUGAGUGAAUAUAGACCCGGUGUCGGAUAAGAAGUGAGAAAUUAUUUAUGUCAGUGUGUUUAUAAUCAGUGUAGAGUCAUACGCUCGUGUCUGUGUGUGUGUUUAUGUGAGGUGAAAUCACGCACCUUCAUCAAACAAACACCACAUACGUAUAUACACCCCCAAAAAAGAAACCGAUUACAUUUAAUCAGAAUAAAGUAGAUAAUAAUAAGGCAAACGCAAUUUGCGAUUGUGUUUCAAAUAAAAAAUAAAAUGAAGACCUGUUCACGGAAGAGUAGUUGUAGAGAAUUACAGCGGCAUCAUCGCAUCCAGUGCCCACCGUCGUCAUUGCCACCAUCAUCUUCUUCACAUCAUCAUCGUCAUCAUCACCAUUUCAAAUCUCGUACAAUGAGCUUCAAAAAGAACAGCAUCGGUGCGACGAAGGUCUUAGUCAAUGGUGCCUGGAUUAUAUGGAUUUACUUAUUUGCCAUUUUUAUUCGACUAGAAUAUGUUGAUGCCAAAAUAGGAUAUUUCUGGCAUAUAACUGACCUUCAUCUGGACACAACGUAUUCAACCAAAGGCGAUGUUACCAAAAAUUGUUGGCAUAUGGAUCAACAUCAUCAAACAAAUUCAGUAAAUUCAAAACCUGGCCGAUUCGGCGACUAUAUGUGUGACAGCCCAUGGAGUUUACUCGAAUCAGCAACACAAGCGAUGAAAUCGAGGCAAGGGGAUAAUGUGGAAUUCGUUUUAUGGACCGGAGAUGCUUUAACACAUUCAAUGAGGGGAAGUAUCGAAACACGUCGGUUGGAAGUUUUACGGAAUAUAACGGAUUUGCUCAGUCGAACGUUUCCAUCGCAAUUUGUUUUUCCGGUACUUGGUCAUGACGAUGGACUAGGACACGGGAUUAACUUUCGCAUUUUGGGCGAACUAUGGCGACAUUGGCUUCCGAAUGAAGCGUUGGAAACCUUCAAUAGAGGCGGAUACUAUACCAUUGAGCAAACAAAGAGCAAACUACGAAUUAUCGCAUUGAAUACAAAUUUUAUGCGACACGAUAUAAAAUAUCAACAAACACAUUCGUCGCCAAUUCGACAAAGACCCAGUAUGAGCGAUUUAAAUGAUCACAAUUAUCGGUAUCACCACGGAAAUCAUUAUCGAAGUAAUGGCAUCAAUGGAUACAGUGCAGGCAAUUUUGAUGAGCAUGGUGGGACCGUAAGCGCAUUAUCGGGCGAAAACCAUGAGGCACAAAAACAAUGGGAGUGGCUGGAAGCUGUGUUAGAUAAAACGAGCCGAAACAAAGAAACGGUUUACAUCGUUGGACACAUACCGCCUGGUUCCGAUGAACGUCAAAUGGGCGCCCAACCAAAUGGUCACACCACUUUUUCGGAGAUAAACAAUUUACGCUAUCUUCAACUCGUACGCAAAUAUUCAUCAGUAAUCUUGGGACAAUUUUUCGGACACUUACAUUCAGAUUCAUUUCGUAUCAUCUAUAAUGACAAUGGAAAACCAGUCUCAUGGAUUAUGAUUGCACCAUCUGUUACACCGAAAAAACAGUCGAUCGGCUCGAACAAUCCCGCCAUGCGGCUCUACAAAUUCGACACGGAUACAGGCCAAGUUCUGGACUACACGCAAUAUUACUUGAAUUUGGAUGAUGCAAACAAAGCGGGUGAAGCAAUGUGGCAAGCGGAAUACAACUUGACAACACAAUAUUUUGGUUCGGGUGAAGUGAAUGCUGUUGCUUUGCAUAAUUUGGCUGAUCGAUUUUCCAACACCGACAACCCAAUGUUCGGCAAAUAUUAUAAAGCGAAUUCCGUACGUUAUAAUACAUCACCAUGCGAAGGGGUGUGUGCAUUAAAUCAUUACUGUGCCAUAACGCGUGUUGAUUAUAACGAAUUUAAUCAUUGCUUAGAAACGGCGGCUAGUGCAUUGGCAGCAAGCGGUGCACGUCCAAAUGUUUGCAUACCAAUCGCUGCAAAUAUUGCAUUGUUAUUGGCCACUUACACGGUAAUGAAAUGCCAACAACGAAAAUUGCUGUUUGAGUGGUUGCAGUUCCUAAUUGUCGAUUUGGUGAUAUGCAUGUUAAUAUUAGUGAAAUGUUCACGAAAGCCCAUUGUCGUCAUGUUUGAUGCGUUAUUAUCAUCAUACUAUCAAUGGUUAAGCGAUAAUUGGACGAACAAACAUCAAAUGAAGUCAUCGUCAUCAUUGAAGAUGUUGUUGUCAUCACCAUCAAUUUCAUCAUCAUCGUCAUCAAUACCAAAAAUUAACAAAAAAAACUCACACACCGGAAGCAUUGUGGAUGCUACUGCCAUUAAUAGUGAUGCAACAAAUACUGUCAAACACAAUGAUUCCAAUCAUUUUUCUCAUACAUUUGACGACCAUACAAAAUUGUUGAGCCAAAUGUGUCAGAUUAUGCGGUGCACAAGAAAAACGGAACGAAUACAUGAACCAAUCCCGAAAAUGAACAACGAAAAAAAGACGACGACGACGACGACGAUGAUGAUGAUGCUGCAGCUGCCAAUGUCACAAACUCACCAAAAUUCCUACCAGUUUAUCAGCUCGAACUGUAACUGUAAGUCAUGCCAAACUAAAUUAUUCAUAAACGUAGAUAGUCUUAAACAAAUGGAAAAUAAUCCAAUGACAGUUUCAUUGAUAUUGACACAUUUUUAGAGCCACAUUAUGUAUAAAUCAUGUGGAAUUUAAUUGAAGGGUCACUCUUGCAAAUGCAGAUCCCACAGACCGAAUAAAAAUCAUACAAAAAUAAAUUAACUUCAAUGAAAAGGAAGAACGACAUUUUUAUUUAGAAUGAAACGUCGGGCCAUUGAAUUGUUAAUUCAAAUUGGUUCUAAUAACAAAAUUUUGGUCAAAUUUCAAUCAAAAAGCAUCUUACUAAAAGCCCUGGAUGUGAUUUACCCAAACAAAGAUUAUUUAUACAUAUAAAUGCACUAAAUAUUAUGUGAACAAUUUUAACAACUUAAAAAGAUUUCUAAUCGAACUGUGUUUUAUUCACUUAAGGCAGAAUAGAAAAUAUUUUUUACCAAAAUCCAAAAAUCACUGGUCCGAAUAUUUCUAAAAGCAAAUAGAGAAGAUAUGAUGAAAUAAAAUUACAUGCUCAUAUUUUAUGACGGCGUUUUGUCCAGUGUAGGAUAAUGCUAAAUAUAUAUAUAUCCAUAUGGUUACCACUAUAGUCGGCAUAUUCCGAUCUAAUGUCAUAAACAAAAUAAAUGGACAGAAACAAGAAAGUCAUUUAUACGAAUUUAAAAUAAACCAAAGCUGUACGGACAAAAGUAAAAACUCAUAAGAAAAAUGUCACAUUUGUUUAUUCUGAUAAAGAAAGAAGUAGCUCAAAAUUGAAGUAGACAGUAAAUGAAUGAAGGAAGUAAAUCCCAGGUACACGAUUUUGGGUUGAUCAAGAAAUAUUCAAGUUUUUUCUUCAGAGUUUUUCAGUAUAUUUUUCAAGUAAUUUUAGAUAUUAUUUGAUUGAUUGAAUUUCGUUUGAUAGCUAAACUAUGUUGACAUAGGUUCAAAAUUGUUGAGUUUCAAAAUAUUCGAUAGAUAAGUUUUUUUUUCUAAAAGAGUAAGUCGUCAUCACAAAAAUGCAUUCGUAUCCAAAAGAAUAAAAUGCUGUUUGGUUACCAAAUAAAGUCACCGUUUCCAAAAUAAAAUGAAUGGAAUUAAAAAAAUUAUAAAAGUGGAACUGUCACCCAAAUCUUGUUAGUUUCCUUAAGCGCCACCGAACUUAUUGCAAAAAAGUGAAUUUAUCUCUUAAAAUAAAUAAUAGUGAAAGGUCUCUACACACACAAAUCAUAACUAACCUCAAUAUGAACAAAAAUUGACAUAAAACUGAAUUUAUCCGAAGUCUUAACCGUUUUUGGGAUAAAUUUUAGUUCAGAUUUUUUCCGCUCAAAUAUUUAAGUGCUUAACAUAUAUCCCUUUGGCAUUUGAGCGGAAAAAAUGCAUACUAAAAUUUAUUCCAAAACGGUUGAGACUUCGGAUAAAUUGAGUUUUAUGUCAAUUUUUGUUCAUAUUGAGGUUAGUUGUCAUUUGUGUGCAGAAUUAAACAAAAAUUAUACACAAAAUUGUGCCGAAAAACGAACUCUAAAAAUUACGUUUCUUCCGUGUUUUGGCCUAGCAUGUAACGUCACUCACGAAAAGCAGUUGUUCGGCAUCGCUAGAAUGUGUUUGCUAGUAUGAUUUCUGUAUAGCGAACUGUGUACUAAUAUAAACACGAACACGUCUACCGAAAAGUGGACUAAGUGAGCGCGUGUAAAAAAUAUUAUACAGACACCCUUAUUUUUACUGAGAGACGACGAAUUACUUUAUUCGGAAACGGAUUCCAUUUUUAUUCCAUAGAGAAAUUUCAUUUGUGGUUUUGGUGACGAUUUCAUUUUUAUUUUGAAUAGACCACCUUUAUAUUUUUCGAGAGACUAAAUAAGUUUUAUUACAUUACAAAACACAUACAUACAUAUAUACAUACACAUAAACAUCGUUUGCAAAUAGAGUUGGAUUGAAGCUAAUCUGGAUUGUGGACUAGAUCAUGAUGGAAAUAUAAUUAAUAUGCUUUUAUAAUACAUAUUCAACCUUUUCCCCAUCGAAAUGAAUGUUGAAGAAUAAUAAUAAAAAGAAAAUAUGAAAUUUAUAAAUAAAAAAAAAACAUAACAUGAACUAGAUACAGUUUAUCAACUGCGAAUAAUUAAAUAUACAUAUAAAUAAAGAUAUUCGCGCAUUAAUUGCUUGUAUCUUAAUGUGUGUCCAAAACUGAAUGCUAAUUUUGGUUGGUUUUUGCCACAAACGCAUAUUUAUAUGCAAUGUGAAUACAGAGAAGGAGAAAGCACACACUCACAUUCAUUCCAUUUGUUUCGUUUGGACAUGAUAAAUGCCAACCGCCGAAAUGACAUAAAUCCAUUUCUAUUAAUAUGUAUCACAUUAUAUAAUUCAUUGUAUAUCCCUCAUCUGUAUAUGAAAACGAUAUAAAUAUAAAUGUUUUUUUCUUUCUUUCUUUUUUUUUAUUCCAUGUGCGCGCGGUAUGUAUUUGUGUGUAGCGAUAAUAGGCAACUAUACAAAAUGGCAAACAAAAUAAAAUAAGAGAAUGAAUAAAAACGCUUCACAAACCAAACGAACGGAAAAAAAAGGAUACAAAAAGCGAAAAGCAACAGUACUAAAUAGAAAACUAUACGACGGGAAAAAUAUUUUAUAUUUAUGUAUGUCUAAAACAAUAUGUGCUGUGCUAAUAAAAUAUUCUUUUAGAUACUCGUGAAAAGUGAAUGACAGUAUAUGACGCGCGGGGUGUGUGUGCGAGAGAAGGGAAAGAGAUAUAAUCCAACAUCAGGAAAAUGUUAUGAAAAAAUAUAAAAUGUGAUUUAUAAACGAAAUAGUUCUAGGGGGUAGACAUCAAAUGAUUUUUUUUUUAAAUAUUAGGUGAAACUAAGUCUCUUGAGAAGUUUCCAAGCGUAAGAACAAAAAAAAACUUCGUAUAAAAACUUUAUAUUUUCGAAUUAUCUUUUAUAUUUUGAAGGUGACUUCCUCAAAAUAGUUAAUUCAGCUGCUGAAAUUCAUCAGCUUUUUUUUAACACUAACCAUCUCUAUUAUGUGGCACCAUAUUUUGGAGUAUGUGGUUAUUUUUUUCAAUUUUCCACUUUAUUGCAGUUAAAUCGUUUGUUUUUUCUCAUCAUGGGGUCUUUAAAAAGGAAGUAGCAUGCGUUUUAUUUAUAGAAAAACUAGAAAAAAAAACUAACACUUACUAAGAACUGCGUCUACCCCCUAGAAAAAAAAUUCAUUGUGAAUGUACACAUACAAACACACUGUACAUAUAAAAUGCACGCAAAAUAUUUAAAAAGAUAGCGAGAGAGAAAAACACAAAAAUUCAGAAUAGACAAGAAAAAAGAGAAAAAAAAGAAACUUCAUGUACACUAGAAUGCACGACCCCAUUGCCCAUCUACAAUUCAACAUAUACCGCAAGAAACGAAUAAAUAAAAAUAAAUUAUCAUUAUGUUAUUCCAUGCAGACAAACCACAUUAGAAAGAAGCUAGAUUCCACUUAAACAAAAAAAAAACCAUGUAGAACAAGAAAAGAAUAUUACGCAUACCAACAAAACACAUUCGUACACAUUGAAAACAACGGAAUAUAAGAUAGACUUAAAGAGACAAGCUAAGACAACACAUAUUACAUGCCAAUAUAAACCGUAUGAAAUAUAUAAAUAUGAAAGGACAGACAAAGCAACAUCAAACAAAUUUUCGGGAUAGGCAGAUAAAAUAAAAAUGAAUUAUGGACGAGUUGUAAGUUUAUACAUAUGCCUUUUUCCACUGAUUAUAUUUUAAUUUAAUAAACGUAAUUUAUGCUCCAGUGUGUAUUUUGAAUUUGCCUCAAUCCCGCAUUUUUUUUUUGUUCAAUGAAAUAUAUAAUCAGAUACAGCAUAUAGAAUGUUCUUUUUAGUUUGAUGGAAAGCCUGUGAAUCGAACAGAGAGUCAGAGAAUACAACAAAAUUCGCAAAUUGCCUGGAAACGUCAAACUCUAUUCAAAGUAAAGUUUUUUUAUUAAGUCAAGUUUAUUCAGUGAGUUAAACGGCGUUGUCUCACAGUUCAUUCGUUCACAUUUUUCGUUCUCUCGAAUACACUCAUUCACUUCAAUUCCUAUGUCUAGAAAGAUCUUUUGCCAUAUUGAAAGUUUUAGAUGGUUCGUUUGUGUGAAUGUGUGCGUGUUGAUUUCCAUGGCAAUCAGCGGUGCAAGUUGCAAUGGGAAAAACUUAAAAGUGGAUAAAUGCGAAUUAAUGAAGUCACUCAAGGAGUUAAACUAUUAAAAGCAAUCAAUGACACUGCGCCAAUCCGACAUUAUCUGUCUUUUCUAGACCAACCAAAACGGUCGGUUAGUUCUUUAAUUAGCGUUUGCAUUGCAUGAUAUGCAAUUUGUAAUUGCAAAAAUUGCAUCAAUUGAUGGUUGGGAAUAAAAUUAAAGGUGUUGGAUACACAGAAGGCGUAGAGAAGUUGAAAAAAAAAACUAUUUAAGAAAUCGAACCAGCUGCAUUCUAUCGAUAAAGAGAAAGUCUGGUCAAUUAUCUGUCAUGUCAACAUUUAUAGCUAAAUUUAAUUUUAGCUAAUUUCUUGGCUCAAUGGUGCAACACACAGCAAAUCAUUUGGCUAAAAGCUCCAAUUUCAUUAUGAAUUAAAAAAAAAGAAAGACGGUUUCUACACAAAAAAACAUAUUUAAUACACAACAAGUUAAAUGAUAGCGAGACUGAGAUUGGCCAUUUUAUGGCGUUAACAGUGAUGAAGAUGUUGUUCUUUUUCAUCAAUUUUUAAAAGAGAAUUUUUUUCUGCUUUGUUUUAUGAUGAAUCGUAUAGCGCUGAGUCGAGAACAAUUCUUCUGACAUUUCAUUUUUUUUUUUUUGUUUUCAAAUUUCAAACGGUUGUUCCUGCUACCUCGCCACUUCAAACGAAUACUUCCCUUCAAACCAUUGUGUAUGGCAUUUCUUAAGUUUUUAAUCCAAAAUACUUCGCUUUUGAAAUAAAAAUGGUGAUGAUGGACAUCGUUGCAUAAACGUGUUACUAUUUUUCAGGAAUAGCUGUAUUUUAAACUGAACCGAAUGCAUGGCAUGACCCAAGAAUAUAUUCUGUAAAUAAUACACAGUAUUUAUAUGACAUAAAUGUAUGAAUUAUAAUGGUCUUAACAGUAAGAUUAUGACAGCUAUAUUGUUGCCUGAUGAAGCUAGACGUUCAUACUCUUGCCAGAAGUGCACAGCCUUUUGGCGUGGCAUCGCAUUCGGCACUUGAUAUUGAAGAAUGUCUUCUUUAUAUACAAAAUUAAAUAAAAAAAACUAAAUCUUGAUCACAUUAUGAAGCUGAUAAAAAGAGCUUCUACUGCAAAAUAUUUUGUAUAAAAUUAAAAAAAAAAAAAUCAAUAAAUAAUUACACAAAUAAGAAAAAAACCUGAACGACAUUGGUGCUGAAAUAUCAGCACACACACACAUACACAAAUAAUGCAAAUACAUUGUGUAACCGAUUUAUAGAACAGAUUUAUUUUAUGCAAAUAAAUUGUAAUAGAAAAUAGAUAAUUUGUAUGUUGAUAAAAGGAGAGGGGGAAAAACCGAUAAACUAAUAUAAACGUACAACAGAUAAUUCUAUAGUUAUUGAAUAUCCUCUCAACGAUAUACAUAUAAAAGGAAAUAAGCCAGUGGCUAGGCAAUAAUUUAAUUGAAUAUGAAAUAGAGAAGAAGAAAAAACUAUUAUUGGCUCGACUUGAAUGUGAAUCGAAAACGAUAUUUCCGAUAUAGACUAUAAUUUUUAUGUUUUGUUUUUGGUUUUUGUUCAUUCAUUUCACUGGACAGCCCCACGAAAAUAUUCGUUCGACUUUGAAAUUGAAUAAAACAAAAAAUUCUGGAUGAUUUGUUGAAGAAGAGUGAAAAAGGUAAAUAAACGUAAUUCGAUUUGUUGUUUAAAUUAUCUUAAAAUUUGCGUGGUAAAAAUUGACGAUAAUUUGAUUCUUGAACUCGGGGGUUCGAUGAAUGAAUCGCCGAAAUUUUAUGAUAUAAAUAUAUAUACGGUUUACAUGUAUUUUCUUAGUCAUUUCAUAUGGCAGUAAUGAUUGUAAUUAAAAAUAAUCUAUUUAUAUUAUAAACUAUACGUUAAUCAAAGGAAAAUAGCUAAAAAUUCAAGAAGAAGAAAAAAAUGAAACUGAAAGUAAAAGUUAAUGGCAUCAUCACUAAGGAUGAGCAGUUAAGCUCAAAAAUCUUAAAUGGGCAAAAUUUAGAGGUAAACAUAAAAAUAAACCAAAAAAAAAAAAAA